AUGAUGUCAAGAACUGUAUCAUCCUGGAUCUUAAGCUCAGCAAGAAACAGCAUUGUUUUACAAGGAAAAGGACGUUUAUACUCCAUCUGUAUCCCAAGUAGAAACAAGAUUAAAUGGAAUCUUGUUUUCUCCAAAACACGUCUCUACCCUGCUGGGACCUGCAGCUUAGACAAUUCUUUCUCCUUAAAAAAAGCAUUCCGACACACUUCCACUGAAGAAGAACAAUUCUCUUUCCAGUUGUCUCCAUCACAGAUCAAUGAUAUACUCAGAGCACGUGAGUUAUCCCAUAAAAUACUGGAUUUGAACAGUAAAAAUACAAAUUCUGUGUUGAGGUUUGAAAGUAACCAGUUGGCAUCCAACACCCCUAUUGAAGACCGCAGGAGUGCAGCCACGUGCUUGCAGACCAGAGGGAUGAUGUUUGGAGUCUUCGAUGGCCAUGCAGGGUCUGCGUGUGCCCAGGCGGUAAGUGAGAGGCUGCUUCAUUACAUCGCCGUUUCUCUCAUGUCACGGCAAACCUUGGAAGAGAUCGAGCUCGCUGUGGAGUGCAUGAAACCAGUUCUGCCUAUUCUGCAGUGGCAUAAACACCCAAAUGAUAUAGAGUAUCGAGAAGUAACUUCGCAGUAUUUCGAAAACCUCCGGGUUUACUGGCAACAUUUACUGGACUUAGAUGCUGAGCCAGGAUUUAGUUUAGAAGAAGCCAUGAUAUGUGCGUUCAAAAGGUUAGACUCGGACAUAUCACUGGAAGUUCAGGCUCCUCAGGAAAAUGAAUUGAUGAGAAAUAUUGCCCUUCAAGUAGCUUUUUCUGGUGCAACAGCCUGCGUAGCUCACAUUGAUGGUGUUCACUUGCAUGUUGCAAAUACCGGUGAUUGCAGAGCAGUUUUGGGGGUUCAUGAAGAAGAUGGAACGUGGUCUACUCUCCCUCUAACUCGAGACCACAAUGCCUUCGAUGAAUUUGAAAUUAGAAGACUGAAGAAAGAACAUCCUAGAUCUGAGGAGAAAACCCUAUUUGUGAAUGACAGGUUACUAGGGAUUCUGAUGCCCUCCAGAGCUUUUGGAGAUAUGCAAUUAAAAUGGAGUAAGGAAUUGCAACACAGUGUUCUUGAGAAUACCUGUGAUGUUGAGGCUUUAAAUAUCUAUCAGUACGUCCCUCCAAACUACCAUACACCCCCUUAUUUAACUGCAGAGCCCGAAGUCACGUACCACAAAUUAAGAGGCAAGGAUAAGUUUCUAGUUAUUGCUUCAGAUGGACUAUGGGAGAUGCUAAGUAAUGAGAAGGUUGUGGAACUUGUUGCUGGACACCUUACAGAGCUUAAUACGCAGAAACCACAACUGGCUUUUGAGAAACCAGUUAAUUUGGGUUAUAUGCACAGCUUGUUACUUCAGAGGAAAAGCAGAGGCAUUGCCUCAGUUGACCAGAACAUAGCUACUCACUUAAUAAGGAAUGCAGUUGGAAGUAAUGAGUAUGGGGAGAUGGACCAAGAGAAGCUUGCUGCAAUGCUGGCACUGCCUGAAGACCUUGCGAGAAUGUACAGAGAUGAUAUCACAGUUACUGUGGUGUAUUUUAAUUCAGAAACAAUUGAAAAUUACUACAGAAACAAUGAAUAGAGACUGGCACUGCUGUUCUGUACCACUAGCCAACUUUGCUACUGAAACCAUUAUUGUUUUUUCUCUGAUAGUCAAGCUGUUACCAGUGUUAUGGUCUGGAAGUUCCUAAAUCUUUUUAUUACUU